GUAUCAAGGGACCACCAGGACCAGCCAUACACAUAAGGCUGUUCAGCUAUUUUGAUACAUCUCACAAGCCAACCUCGGCUUUCCUUUAUCGUUUACCUCAUCAACCGUGGAAUCCCUGGUAUAUACUCGACUUCCUUGCUUUAUACCUGUUUUGAAAUACGAGCAUGAGCUGUUGAAGAUACUCACACAAUCACACUCUUUGGAUACUUCCAUCUUGUGUUCUAACAUUACUCUCUCGCUCAAUCACAAUCAUUAGUUUUGUCAUUGGCGUUUCUGGUAAAAUCUAAAAUCAUCCCACAUUCACACAUCUCAGCCAUGUCAAACAGCACAGAAGGGCAAAAUGCCCAACAACAAUCUGCUAGUCAACAUGGAUUUGGAAGCCUCAAUCUUUCAAUCGUUGGAUUGGGAGUCGAAUAUCCUCCAUUCUUGCUGGAACCAGCGGAUUUGGAUACUUUAACCAAACGUCACUAUCCUGACUCUCCAGCAAUGAAAAAAGUCUGCACAAUCAACAAUUUCACCGGCAUUGAAACUCGCUCUGCAAUCGGUACCGUCGACCAUCCCAUGGCCAACAUGGACCGCGCCCCCACAAUCGCCGAACUUUGUUCCAUCUUCCUUAAAGACGGCGUUGCCCUCGCCGUAACUGCCUGUCGCAAAGCUCUCCACGAAGCUCAUCUUCAUCCCUCCGACAUCACCCACGUAGUCAGCACAACUUGUACCAAUAGCGCCAAUCCCGGGUACGAUCAUUUCGUGUGCAAAGCUCUGGGAAUAACACAACCGGUUGAAAAAGUGCUCCUCCAUGGAAUCGGAUGCAGCGGUGGUCUGGCGAGUUUACGAACCGCGGCAAACUUAGCAUUGGGACAUAGUUUUCGAGGAAAGAAAGCCAGGGUUCUGGUCAUGGCAUUGGAAAUUAGUUCAUUAUUGGUAAGGAGUGAAUUGGAUAGUGUACAUGAAUUACAGGAGACGCGAAUUGGCGUUACACUCUUUAGCGAUUGUGCGAGUGCGUGUGUACUCAGUAAUGGAAUUGGUGGGACGGGAGAGGAGGAAAGUGUUUAUGAUUUGUUGGGGUGGGAACACAAGAUGAUUCCAGAUACGGAACAUGAUUUGGGAUUUGAUGUUGAUCCGCUUGGCUGGAAGGUAAUCCUCUCCCCAAGAGUCCCGAAACUCGCCGCCGAAGCCGUCUCACCCAUCUAUCAUUCCCUGAUCUCCAACCUUCCCUCCCUUCCUUCGGAAUACCACAAUCCCGCUGACUUCGACUGGGCGCUUCACCCUGGUGGCGCUACCAUCCUCACCGGUGUCGAAAAAGCCAUGUCCAUCUCCGCUGAACACAUGCGAGCCUCCUAUGAUACCUACAUGAAACAUGGCAAUUCAUCCAGCGCCACUAUUUUCAGCGUCCUAGAUCGUUUACGCAGUAAAGAGAUGGACGGUCUUACACCCAACAACAGGGGACCCAAGGAAAUGAUCGUAGGAUGUGCAUUUGGCCCUGGUAUCGCUGUGGAAAUGUGCAUGUUAAAGAGAAAUUUGGAUCAUGUGAAACGAGAGUGGGAUGGCGGGGUACAGAGCGGGGUAGGUGGGGACAUUACACCGCCUUUGACUGAGAGUGAGGGGACCGGGAGUGGGAAUGGGAGCGAGGGAGAAGUAGAAGCGGAGGAUCUAAAGAAGGUAAAAGAGGAAGGGGAGAAGUUGGAUCAGAAACUGAAGAUGGUUGAACCAGGAGUUUUGGAACAAAAUGCAAAGCUGGGGGAAGGGGGGAAGGUAAAUGAGAAUGAGAAACUGGAUAGUUUGGAGGAGGCGCUGGAUGGCGUUGAGCUGGACUGAGCGAUGCGCGGUAGGCAAUACGAAGAAUGAUUAUGAUGAGAGUUUGGAUCAUACAUAUAAGUUGUGAGUAACGAACCAUCCCAUUGGAAAGGGGUUUUGGAUCAGCUUAUACACGAUAUGAGGAUUCAUAUCAGAGUUAGAGUCGAAGUCAAUGGAUUCUAGACUAGAAACAGCGCGCAGAUAGAUAGAGUUCUUGAAAUAGAUCUUCUUUACAGCGAUCGAGUAUUUAGAAUAUUGUGCAGCGAAGUAGGUCUUAAAGA